AGUUUGUGUCACUUUAUUGAUGUCCGUUUGCGCAGUCCUUCGAUUCCCACGUUGGCCACCGUCGAAGCUACCAAGCUUCGACUCACCUUAUAAGUACGAAAGAUUCAGUCAGUAUGUCAACCCAUUUUCAACGUUGCUUGUGCCUCAUCACAGUGCCACUUAUACAAGUCACUGCUCAUGACUGAAGGUAGCUAACUGUUCUGAAGUGUCCGGCAGUAUGGAGCAGCAACCCCCCUUCACGGGGGCUGAGUUGCAGGAAGAGCUCGAGAUAAUUCAAAAACAUGUAAAGUUUGAUUAUUCGGAACGAAAUGAUGUUCCAGAAUGGCAAACGUUUCCUGAAAUCCCGACGGCUCAAGACCUUAAUCCCAACUGGGAUGACCCGGCCGACUUGGAAAAGGUCCAUAGUUUGUUGCCGAACAAUUGGCAGUACCCUUUCCCAGACAAGAAUACCUAUCUUGAAACACACUAUCGCCUCCAGCGUGAAGAGGCAAUUGCUAUCCUAAGAUACUCUGUUAAAAAGUGUCGCGAACAGCCUAACAUGCUAGAUGACGAUGAGACGUGUAUUUACACCAAGGUCUACGUCCAGGGCUAUCUAAUGACCCGAUUGGGGCCAAUGUGUCGCAUUCAGUUCUCUACGGAGAGGGCAGGGAAGAAGAUUCGUUGGAACCAAACCCGCCGCUUAACCACCGGGGCUCUUGUGGCCAUCUCUACUGCCGAAGACGGCUUUAAAACAAUUUGUAUGCCUGCGAUCGUCGCCGACCAUCAAAUCCAAGAUGGGCUAGAUCGACGACCGCCUACAAUCCAAAUCUUCUGGGCCAAAACAGAUGACGCUAUUUUGGACCCUACUAGGGAGCUGAUAAUGCUCGAAAGUCGUUCUGGCUACUUCGAGGCCGUACGCCAUUGCAUGGUCGGUUUACAGCAUGUUGCCGGCGAUGACACUCCCUUAGACAAGUACCUCGUGAGCCUUGACCAGAGUGACUUAGCAGCCCGUUACGUUCAGGAGAAUUCCCGGAUGAACAUUGGUUCCCUUGCCCACCACAUACCAGAAUCUUCUGCUUUGACUGGAGAAACUGCUCGCCAGCACCUUUACGAGAAGAGGGAGUCACUCAAAAAUUAUGAGAUUCUUGAUGGUAUUGAUGAUGAGAUAUCUACCUACACAAAUCUCGACAAUUCUCAGCUGUCUGCUGUGCAUCGCAUCCUCACAAAGGAGCUAGCUAUCGUCCAGGGCCCUCCUGGAACGGGAAAAACCUUCACUUCGGUCCAGGCUCUGCAGAUCUUGCUAGAUAGCCAACAAAAACGUGGAAAGAAUGUCAUCGUAGUCGCCGCCCAGACCAAUCACGCUGUCGACCAGAUCAUAUCCAAGCUGAUCGACUUCGGAUUCAAUACCGUCCGUUUAGGCGGCCGUACGCAAAGUGAGAAGAUCAAGUCGUAUAGCUUAUAUAAUCUGCGUCGUCGGGUUAUGCCAACCCGAUCGAGCGUAGACAGGGACUACAGAACGCUUGACGCAGCUCGGAGACGAACUAUCACACGGGUUGAAGAUAUCGUAGCAGGCAUCUUCUCUGAUGACUUAAUCGAUCCACAGGCUCUCCUAGCGGCGGGCAUCAUUACACAGAAGCAGUCAGAGUCUCUAUUAGCCGAGGACGGAUGGGCUUGCGCAGAGCCUGAUGAAGACUCGUCUUGUCCGCUAUCUCAGUGGCUUGGUGACCAACGAGUGGAGGCCCCAUCUAUGGACAUGAUAGAUCCCGACUUUGAUACUGACGAAACCGACGAAGCAGCGGACUUCGACGCUGAAGAUUAUGAUAUAGAGUUGGAUGACUGCAUUGCCGACGAUGACGAAAGCAAGGGCAGGGUUGAGGGCAGAUGGGUGCCAAUCAAGUAUCAAUGGACUGGUGCAAAUCCUCGAAAUUAUACCGAGGCCGACCUAGUUAUUCGUAAAGAGCUCAAGCGAGACAAUCUAUGGGACGUCAGCCAGCAAUAUCGCGGUGCUAUAUACCAGUACUGGCAACGGGAACUGUUGCGUCUUCGUUGUGCCGAGUUUCGUGCUGAGCUAACAGCAAACGCUCGAAUAUGUCGAAACUUGAAGGCCAAUAAAUGGCAUAAAGACUUACGGUGCAUUAAAAUGGCCGAGAUUGAGAUCAUCGGUUGCACCACAACUGGCCUGUGCAAGUACCGUGGGUUACUUGCCGCCCUCAAACCACGAACAAUGCUUAUCGAAGAGGCUGCCGAGACCAAGGAGGCCAAUAUUCUCUCGGCUCUAUACCCAUCGCUCCAACAGCUCAUCCUAGUCGGCGAUCAUCAGCAACUAGCACCUUCAUGUGAUACUCCCUCCCUGGACGAGGCUCCGUAUCACAUCCGAGUUUCGAUGUUUGAACGGCUUGUGAAGAUGGAUAUGCCAUAUACAAUGCUCAAUAUGCAACGUCGAAUGCAUCCUGAUCUAAGAGAGGUACUCAGUCCAUUCUAUCCAAGUUUGCAGGACCACCCGGUAGUCCAGCGGCCAGGUGCUCGCCCAGGCAUACCAGGCAUAGCUCAGCAGUCCUUCUUCUUCCAUCACACCUGGAGCGAGAGUACAGAUGAGAAUUUCAGCAAGUUCAACAUUCUAGAAGCAGAAAUGAUUGUUCGCUUCAUUGACUAUCUUAUUAUGAACGGCGUCAAAGGGACUGAAAUAACUGUCUUGACAUUCUAUCGAGGACAGCGGAAAAAGAUCCUCAGCGAAUUCAGAAAACUGAAGCAUCGAGAGCCUUUCAAGAAUGUUCAGACAGUUGAUUCUUACCAAGGCGAGGAAAACGAGAUCGUUAUACUAUCUCUAGUUCGCAGUAACGGCCCAGAUGGACCACACAAAGCCGGGUUUCUUCGGGACAGCAAUCGCGGCGUCGUCUCCAUAAGCCGCGCUCGCCGUGGGUUUUAUGUCUUCGGCAACAUGAUCAACCUAUGGGAGGCGUGCAACGAGUCACAGGUGAUGUGGGGACAAGUCUAUGAAGUCUUUCGCCGCCAGCACCGGUUCAGUUAUGAUGGAGGAUUUCCCAUCACUUGCCAGAAACACGGGAGAACUACCCUGAUUCACCAUCCUGAUGAUUGGAUCAACAAUCAUGGAGGCUGCGAAGAGCCCUGCCCUGAUAAACUUGAGUGCGGUCACGAUUGUGGCCUCCGUUGCCAUUGGACUGAACACAAUCGAUUGAUCUGCAUGAAGCCUUGCGAGAAGGUACUGAGGUGUGGUCAUGGUUGCGAACUCCAUUGUGGGGCCAAGUGCCAAUGUUCAUGUGCUGUCUUUACCGGUGCAUAUCCCAAUGAUGAAGCAUGGGAUGACGAUAAAGCCCUAGGCGAGCCCGCCCGAAGCGCGAUGGUCUCAAGAGAGCCAACUGUUCCUUUCAUCGGGAGAGAUGGACGUGUUGGACGAAUCCGCGGGAGCCGCAAUGGGCCACGAAGCCAUCGAGGUGGUUCCGUGCUUGUUGGAAGAUCAAACUGGGCGAUUGAGCCCAGAGGUUCUUUGGUAAGACCACACAUACCAUCAGGCCUAAAUUGGGCAAACUUUAACGCUCGGCAGCACGACGAAGAGCGACGAAAAGAGAAUCGUCAAUCUGCAGGGCUAGCAUCUUCCAAUCCACUCCAUCCCGGUCCGUUCGGUGAUCAGGCUGCCCCUGAUAUGAUGAGUCCCAUUCAAGAAACUUUCCGUCAAGUUACGUUGAGCCCCCAUGGUAAGCGUAAUGUUCAGAAGGGGGCUGUGUCCGAUAAGAGUGGGACACCGUCGCCUGAGAAAGCGAACAGCAAAUCAUCUGGAAAUGCCAAUGCACCUGAGCGCACUGGACAUGCAAGAGGUUCUUUAGGCUGUGACGAUGCUGUGCGUGCGGAAGACUUGGUGUAUCUGGAUGCAAUACAGCCACAGACCUCAGGUCGUCAAGCCGUGCCCAAUGGGCCAUCUCCUUCGUAUACCUUAGCCAACUCUCACCACUUCAUGGCGAAUCAGGAGAUUCUAUCUCGAGUUCGUGGCCAAGACUAUACCACUGUGAGGAAUGCUAGGAUGAUUGGUGUGGCGGAAAACAGAGCUGAAUGGGAGGAUUCCAGCACGGUGUGCGAUGGGCGAGAUGGCAACGCUAAUCGGACUGAGGGAAUUGAGGAGAUUGAGGGAAACCUCAUUGAGCUUUAG